CUGCAAGGGUGCACCUGGGAUGACCCGAUCCGCUCGGCGGCACCGCAGAUUUUAAGUAGCAUCUUUCCGAUCUGUUUCCGCGGUCUCAGUCCCCGACCUCGGCGCUGCCUGAGCUCACGCAGCCUCUCUAGUUUUCCUCCAAACGACCACCUCACGGAUUCCUUAUGGAUCGCAGCUCCAAGAGGAGGCAGGUGAAGCCUUUGGCAGCUUCUCUGCUAGAAGCUCUCGAUUAUGAUAGUUCAGAUGACAGUGAUUUUAAAGUUGGAGAUGCCUCAGAUUCUGAAGGGAGUGGUAAUGGAAGUGAAGACCCCUCAAAGGACAGUGGAGAAGGUUCCUGUAGUGAUUCUGAAGAAAAUGUUUUAGAGGAAGAACUGAAUGAAGACAUUAAAGUAAAAGAAGAACAACUUAAAAAUUCUGCAGAGGAAGAAAUACUGUCAUCAGAAAAACAGUUAGUUAAAAUGGAAAAGAAGGAAGAAGAAGAAAAUGGAGAAAGACCUAGAAAGAAAAAGGAAAAAGAGAAGGAGAAAGAAAAAGAGAAAGAGAAAGAGAAGGAGAGAGAGAAGGAGAAAGAAAAAGCAACAGUAUCUGAUAAUGUGGCUGCUUCUGCUGCUGCCCCCUCACCAGCCACAAGUCCUCCUGCUGUUAACACAUCUCCUUCAGUCCCCAGUACAACAGCAGCUACAGAGGAACAAGUCAGUGAGCCAAAAAAGUGGAACCUUCGUCGAAAUCGACCCCUUUUGGAUUUUGUAUCCAUGGAAGAACUGAAUGACAUGGAUGACUAUGAUAGUGAAGAUGACAAUGACUGGCGACCUACCGCAGUAAAGAGAAAGGGGAGAUCUGCAUCUCAGAAAGAAGGAAGUGAUGGAGACAAUGAGGAUGAUGAAGAUGAGGGAAGUGGGAGUGAUGAGGAUGAGAAUGAUGAAGGCAAUGAUGAUGAUCAUAGCAGUCCUGCCAGUGAAGGGGGCUGCAAGAAAAAGAAGAGUAAAGUUCUUAGCAGAAACAGUGCUGAUGAUGAGGAACUGACCAAUGAUAGCCUGACAUUAUCUCAAAGCAAGAGUAAUGAGGACUCGCUGAUUCUUGAGAAGAGUCAAAACUGGAGUUCUCAAAAAAUGGACCACAUUCUGAUUUGCUGUGUUUGUCUCGGAGAUAACAGUGAAGAUGCUGAUGAAAUCAUUCAGUGUGACAAUUGUGGAAUUACAGUCCAUGAAGGUUGCUAUGGAGUUGAUGGAGAGAGUGACUCUAUUAUGAGUUCAGCUUCUGAAAACUCCACCGAACCCUGGUUUUGUGAUGCAUGUAAAUGUGGUGUUUCCCCCAGCUGUGAACUGUGUCCUAAUCAGGAUGGGAUUUUCAAGGAGACAGAUGCUGGAAGAUGGGUUCACAUUGUUUGUGCCCUGUAUGUUCCUGGCGUAGCAUUUGGAGAUAUUGACAAAUUACGACCUGUAACACUAACUGAAAUGAACUAUUCCAAGUAUGGUGCCAAGGAAUGUAGCUUCUGUGAAGACCCUCGUUUUGCUAGAACUGGAGUUUGCAUUAGCUGUGAUGCAGGAAUGUGCAGAGCUUAUUUCCACGUGACCUGCGCCCAGAAGGAAGGUCUGCUUUCAGAGGCAGCAGCAGAGGAGGAUAUAGCAGAUCCAUUUUUUGCUUAUUGUAAGCAACAUGCAGACAGGUUGGACAGAAAGUGGAAGAGGAAAAACUACUUGGCUCUACAGUCCUAUUGUAAAAUGUCUUUACAAGAAAGAGAGAAGCAGCUGUCACCAGAAGCACAGGCAAGGAUCAAUGCUCGGCUGCAGCAGUAUCGUGCCAAAGCAGAACUAGCUCGAUCUACCAGACCCCAGGCCUGGGUUCCCAGAGAGAAAUUGCCCAGACCGCUCACUAGCAGUGCUUCAGCCAUCCGUAAACUGAUGCGGAAGGCAGAGCUAAUGGGGAUCAGCACAGAUAUCUUCCCAGUGGACAAUUCAGAUACUAGUUCUAGUGUGGAUGGAAGGAGGAAGCAUAAGCAACCUGCUCUUACUGCUGAUUUUGUGAAUUAUUAUUUUGAGAGAAAUAUGCGCAUGAUUCAAAUUCAGGAAAAUAUGGCUGAACAGAAGAACAUAAAGGACAAAUUAGAGAAUGAACAAGAGAAGCUUCAUGUGGAAUAUAAUAAGCUGUGUGAAUCUUUAGAAGAACUACAGAACCUGAAUGGGAAACUUCGGAGUGAGGGGCAAGGAAUAUGGGCCUUGCUGGGCAGAAUCACAGGGCAGAAGUUGAACAUACCGGCAAUUUUGCGAGCACCCAAGGAAAGAAAACCAAGUAAAAAGGAAGGGGGCACCCAAAAGACAUCUACUCUUCCUACAGUACUUUAUAGUUGUGGAAUUUGUAAGAAGAACCAUGAUCAACAUCUCCUUUUACUUUGUGACACCUGCAAACUCCAUUACCACCUUGGAUGUCUGGACCCUCCUCUCACGAGGAUGCCAAGAAAGACCAAAAACAGUUAUUGGCAGUGCUCGGAAUGUGACCAGGCUGGGAGCAGCGACAUGGAAGCAGACAUGGCCAUGGAAACCUUACCAGACGGAACCAAACGAUCAAGGAGGCAGAUUAAGGAACCAGUGAAGUUUGUUCCACAGGACAUGCCUCCAGAGCCCAAGAAGAUUCCAAUAAGAAACACGAGAACCAGAGGACGAAAACGAAGCUUCAUUCCUGAUGAAGAAAAACAUGAGGAAAGAGUUCCUAGGGAGAGAAGACAGAGGCAGUCCGUGUUGCAGAAGAAGCCCAAAGCUGAAGAUUUACGGACUGAAUGUGCUACCUGCAAGGGAACUGGAGACAAUGAAAAUCUCGUCAGGUGUGAUGAAUGCAGGCUGUGCUACCAUUUUGGCUGUCUGGAUCCUCCUCUGAAAAAGUCUCCCAAACAAACGGGCUAUGGGUGGAUAUGUCAGGAGUGUGAUUCUUCAUCUUCUAAGGGAAUAAAUAGGCCUUUGGACUCUGAAUGGAUAUCCAUUAGAAUGGCACAUUGUUAGAAAACUUGCAUUGUAUUUGCUCAGUUUGACCAGUGAUUGAAUAGCUAAAAUCAACCAACAUUUUGAAAUUUCAUCCAAAGGUGUUACCUGAUUUUUGGAAUGUCAUAGUUUACUGUGAGAACAACAGCACUGAAAUGGAUCUAUAUGAUUAUCAUACCAACAUGACUUUUAUAGACUUACACUUUUUUCCAAUGAAAAAUUAAGUUCAAUAUACCAGUUAAACUGAAAGCUAAGGAAACAAUUCAUUUUCUUGAAUAUUUGUGUUAUAUCAACUCUGUUUUCCCUACUUUUGAAGCCUUCCAUUCCUGACCAGCAGGUAGUGUAUUUCUGUUUACAUUUUCUCUUGAAGAUGUUUGCUAGCAUAGGGGCCCUGACAAGAAAGCAUUGGCAGAUAAUGUCAUGCUUUAUAAGUCAGUGUGUUGCUGCAGAAGCCAUUCAAUUGGAAAAGCAGUAGAUUAUUAAUAUCUGAGUCUAGAAAAUUAGUGUCAUCUUGGGGCCUCAAAAAAACCCAGAAUGCAAGUUCAUAUAAUUUGUCCUUUGUCUGUCUUUGUUUCAGUGGAAUGUUAUUUGGUAGUAAUACGGGGUGUUCUUGCUAUGUUCAUGUACUUUAAUGGCAAGAAAAGUUGAGGCAGAAGUAUUUACUGCCAGAGAAAGGAAGUGAAUUAGUUGCCAGUAACUUCAGCUAUAGGGAAGUGAGUAUAAAACUGUUGUAGCCAUAAAAUACAUAUCUAAUUUCCUUUCUCUGUGGUAGUUAGGAUUAUUAAGUCUAAGAAGUGUUAACUUUUAAUAUAAAAAUAUUACUCCAAAAUAGGAAAUAAUUUAUUUAGCUUAAAAUUUAAAUAAUACAAGGUGAGGGUAUAUAGUUUAGUAUGUGUUUGAAAAUGCGUUGUACUUUAAACAUUAUUUACCUGUUAACACUGUCUCCAAACUUUACACACUGAGGGAAACUCUAAAAUAUUGCCAUGUAUUCUCUCAGCAGCAUAAUGGAUUUAUACAUGACUUUGUCUUUCAAGUAAUAGGCUUUUUGCUGUGGGCUUUAUGUCACUAUGUCACUGAUUAUGCUUAUUACUUUUACAGAAAUUCCACAAAAGUGUAGGAAGACCCAUCAUAUCUAAAUACAUAAUUUUAAGGUUUAGCCCAUGAAAGAUAAAAUACAUCUAAGUGUAGUUGUAAUAAAAUAAAUUUAAUAACAAUACACCUAAAGGUAGAAUGGCUCUUUUUUAAGUGAGAUAUAAUUGACUAUAACAUUAUAUUACCUUCAUGUGUAUGACAUAAUGAUUCAGUGUUUGUAUAUAGAAUGAAUUUUUAUUUUACCCAAACCUAUGAAUAGGGCAUGAUUAGACUUUCUCUGUCUUAUCAGCACUUCAUAAACCUAAGCAGUCACUUUAGUUUUCAUGAAAAAUGACCAGCUACAAGGAUGCAUAUAUACUGUUACAUGUGUACACAUGGGGACCUAAAUCUGCACACAUACCAACACAUGGGAACCCAUAUGCACAAGACGUACCUUCUCCCAUAGGCUAUGCUUUGAAGACAUUUGAUUUAGGCAGCAGCUGAAUCACCACCCAGACAGUGAACUAUGUUUAUUUUCAGUGGAGCUAGUUCAUUGCUUCCUGUCAACAUGAAUAUGUCUUUCUUGCUCUUCCCCAUGUUGUGAAAACACUAUUGGCAGUGAAUGCUAUAUGCCUGGAAAAACAGUGUACUUUAUUCUUCCUCCUUCACUGCACCCAUCUGUUGUUUGUUCCAUCUGUACUUCCAUCAGUUCACCCAAGCCAAAUACCUGGAAUCAUCUUCGAGCCUGCCCCAUCCUUGUUCCAUAAGGAACAUCAUAUCCUGAGUUCUGUAAAAUGUUUCUCCAGUCUGCUCUUAGCUCCUUUUCUCUACUCCUACAAACUUAAUCCAGUUCCUCACUUUUUUCCCAUUCUGUCAGUUCCUUCUAUUUUAUUAUAAGCUAUCUAAAUAGGUCUGCUAGACUUAUCUCCCUUUUUAUCCAUUCCCUUCACUAGAGGCCUCCAAAUGUGAAGACUUUGUAUCACAGGAGAUAGACAAGAUGACUGAUUAAAUCAACGUAGUCCUGUGUUCUAUCCCAUUUUAAUUUCUAUGUUUGAGUCUGUUUUAUAAUGUGAACAAUAUGUUCAUGCUAUAGGACAGGUAUAUAACUUUACAUGUACACACUUAUAAAAAGGUGCAUAUUUAAAUAUUUUUAGUAUUGGGGUAUAUCAGCAAAAGUAUUUGAAGACCAUACUCCUAUACUGCUACUUGAGUAAUCUUCCAGAGAGUGUAUUUGUAACUUCUGCUUUACAACUGUGAGUGUUUUUUCAACCUCCCACAUUUCCAAAAUAUAACCCCCCCAAAAUGAGGAAGUUAAUGUUAAUAUAUUGUUACCAUAGAAAUUUCGGACCCUAUUCAACUUUUCCCAUUUGUCCACUAACGUCCUUUAUGGCAAAAGGAGCGAGUACAGGAUCAUUUAGUUUUCAUGUUUCUGUAGUCUCCAGGGCUUUUUUUAAAAAAAGAUUUUAUUUAUUUU